UAGACUACAACUCCCGGCUUGCUCAGGGACUCGUCCGCGCCUUGCCGGAUAUCCGGUGGGAAGGGAGCCUAAGGGGUGGGGAGUUGAAGCAGCUGCCCCUGAGCUCUGUGAAAGGAGGAAUUAGGGCAGCGACCACCAUGAUUCGCUUUAUCCUGAUCCAGAACCGGGCUGGCAAAACGCGCCUGGCCAAGUGGUACAUGCAGUUUGACGAUGACGAGAAGCAAAAACUCAUUGAGGAGGUCCAUGCCGUUGUCACGGUGCGGGACGCGAAGCACACCAACUUCGUUGAGUUCCGGAACUUCAAAAUCAUCUACAGGCGCUACGCAGGGCUCUAUUUCUGCAUCUGUGUAGAUGUGAAUGACAACAACCUGGCUUACCUAGAAGCCAUUCACAACUUUGUGGAGGUGCUGAAUGAAUAUUUCCACAACGUCUGUGAACUUGACCUGGUGUUCAACUUCUACAAGGUUUACACGGUGGUGGACGAGAUGUUCUUAGCCGGCGAGAUCCGUGAGACCAGCCAGACGAAGGUCUUGAAGCAGCUCCUCAUGUUGCAGUCCUUGGAAUGAGGCGCCGGGCAGGAGAAGGCGGUUGCGUGGGAUCUCCCUUGGCAAGAGGCUGCCACUGCCCCACCAGGCUCAUCCCUCUUCAACCGGUUCCCUGAAUCAGUGACUUGCUCAGGAGCAGACGUUGCCACUUUUCCCUUAGUUGGAGGCUGGCGGGGAGGAAGCAUCUUGAAUCGGGUGUCAGCUUUGGAUUUCGAAUCCUGCUUUUCCCUGCAUGGAAGGAAAGGGCAGGAGGGUGGAGAAUUCCUUGGAUGCUUUUCUGAAAUGGGGCGGGGGGUUAGAAGUGGAGAAGAGAGCUCCCGUCAUCCCCCUUCUACCACCCAGCGCACCGCCUGUGUCCACCCCCCAUGCCCCCAGUCUGCGGACCCCUCCCCAUCCAUUCACGUAAAUCUGUUGUGCCGCGUCUGCAGUAGAAAAGGGACCAUAACCGUGUAUGUGUGUGACGAGUGAUUGGUCGUACUGCCAGUAAAGUGAUGUACGGAAAUAAAGCAUCCGUGAAAUACUUAA